AUGGCAAACAGUGAGCAGGAUGAUGGCCCAAGGGGUGGCUUCAACGAUUCUGCUGUGGCUGCUGCUGCUGCCGAUGGUCCGCAUGAUGGCAUGCGUGCUGGUUCCUUGGACGCCGCAGAUGAAGAGCUCCAUUCUCCCGAUGGCCCGCAUGAUUCAGACGACGCCGGUGAAGACUUCCGGAGAAUGGAGGAGAUGAUGGUCGAAGUCCUUUGCGACAUGAAGCCACUCGCCCCAGACAUUAUCCGCGCAGUUCCUGCUGGAAGAGCUCUUAGGUGCUGUGGCCGCGCUUUCCGCAGAAAAGCAGCUCCGAGGGCGUUCCACGGAAGCGUUCCGACAGACAAGAUAAAAGAGUUUUGGAGCCAUUCCUGGCAUGGCAACAGUCACAUCAAAGUAGUGACCGCGUUGUUCCUGAACAAUGGGAAAGUUGCACCACUGAUUGCUACAGCGAUCGCACUGAUUGCCGUCAUCCUGUACGCAGCCGGUAUACUCCCUAUGAGGUUCCAUGGUGGUAUUCCAACCUCAUUACCAAAAUAUCCUCCGGUAUCUUAUUGGGCCAAAGCCGUGGGCUUUGUGGUCUUUUGUAUUUGCCUCCUGUGCUGGCAGCCCGCGAGAACGGUUUUCGUGGAUGUUCUGUGCAUCAACCAAUAUGACCGUAAACAAAAGUCAUUGGCGCUUUUCAGUAUGCCGGCCUUCCUCAAGGCCUCGGAAUCUUUGCUUGUGCUGUGGGAUCCGUCUUAUACUGGGCGCCUGUGGUGUUGCUUCGAAAUUGCUGCAUUCUUGCGAAGCCGCGCGAGCGGGCAGAAAGCACGCGUAACAGUCAGGCCUACACUGCUUGGCCCGGUCUUCGUCUCACUACCCAUUGCUUUGUCUGUCGUCGUACUGGGUUUGGCCUUUGUCCCGCUCAGUGGAGAGGACGCUGCCAACCACGCAGUUAUUUGGCCGUUGAUGGCUGGGUUCGCAUCUGUUGCUUUUUACUGGAGCGUGACCAAGUUGCGUGAGUUUUUCCGGAGUGUGGACUCGCUCCAUCGUGAGCUGCAGCAGUUCCAAUGCAAGGACUGUUUGUGCUAUUGCUGUGCAGUUGGCCACAGGCAAGCAGAUGGCAGGCGGAUGGCAUGUGACCGUCGAGUUAUAAAUUCGUGCAUAACUCUCUGGUUUGGCAGCGUGGAGAACUUUGACAGUGCUGUGCGUUCUGAGGUGCUGGCCUGCCUGACCGAGCAACUUUCGUCGCAGGUUCUGACAUACAAACAGUUCGUUGUAAUGGCGGUGCCCGUUAUCUGGCAUCACUUGGAUACUGCCUCCAGUCGCCUGGAAUGGAUAUUCAACGCGCCGCAGGGGCACACAGUGUGGGUGGAGUAUGAGCUGCGGGAAGCUUUUAAAGAGGCGCUCCGAGGCAUCGGCUGGGCAUUUGGCAUCUUGCCCAUUAUCUUCUUUGUGACCUCAAAACUCGCAUGUUGGUUGCGGGGUCGAGCAGGCCAGCCUGAAUUCUGCGCAAGGAUAUGCAGCGACAUAUUCAUCAACCUCUCAAUCCUUGUCAGCGUGAUCAUGCUCUUCGUGGCCAUGCUGGUUUUGGAGUCGGUGAUCUACAACCUGGGAAAGAGCAUCGUUCUCAUAGCGCUGGCCGUCUUCGACUUGAUUCUCUUCCUUUGUGCCAGGCUGCUGUUCACAUGCGUUCCUAUCAGGAUAAGCUUUCCAGCGGUCCAGACAGCGCAAACAUCCGGAACUGGCCACGCGACCUCCUUUAUGGACGCGUCCAGCUCCCUGCCUGCUGCGGAGACGACUGAGAUGGCGUCAUCCCGCCCCGGCGCAGUGAGCUCACAGCAGAAUGCAGGGAUCAGUCUUUAG